AUGCCUUCGGAAGCGCGGCAACAACAUCCCACACGAACACCUGAGAUACAACCCUCGCGUAAGCUCUUGAUUUUUAUCGUCACGCUUCUGUGUGCCGUUGUCAUUGCUUGUCUAAUUGACCACGCCAAUCUGAAUUCGUUCCGUCGGGCCUUUGCGCCUUCUUGUCCGAGCGUAGUGGGAUUAUCUGCUGCGUCUGCGUCUGCAUCGGUUGCUGCGAGUUCGUAUUCAGCGAAGAUAUCUUCGGAAUUUGAUUCUUCGAAAAUGACGACCAAGACGCCAGUUUAUUUUUUGAGUCAUGGUGGGCCAAACGUCAUGUACCAAACAGACCACCCAGCCUACAAGAAACUCGGCGCCAUCGGCAAGGAAAUCACGACCAAGGUCAAGCCGGAUGCCGUGGUUGUGUUUUCUGCGCACUGGCAGGGUGGGAAAGAUGUCAUUUAUGUUAAUACGGCUGAGAUGACGGAUUUGAUUUAUGAUUUCUACGGCUUCCCCGACCAUUACUACGAGGAAAAGUACCCCAACGUCGGCAGUCGGCAGGUCGCUGAUAAAGUACUCUCUGCUUUGCAGGGAGCCGGUAUUGAAGCGAAGGGCGUCAAGCGCGGUCUUGAUCAUGGUGUCUGGGCUAGUUUUAAGUGCGCCUUCGAACCAAAAACAAACCCACUAAACGUCCCAAUCGUCCAAGUCUCCCUCUUCGACACCGAAGACCCAGACCAACACUACCGACUAGGCCAAGCAGUCUCGCACCUUCGCUCGCAAAACAUCCUGAUUAUUGUUUCCGGAAUGGCGGUGCACAAUCUCCGCGACAUGCGCUUUACGAUGGGCUCGCCGCGGCCAUUGCCGUAUGCGGUUAGUUUUGACGAGGCGCUUAAGGAGGCUAAGGCUAUGGCGGAGUUGUUGAAGAGGCCUGAUGCGCGCCAGGCGCAUCCUUGGUUUGAUCAUUUGCUGCCUAUUCAUGUUGGGGCUGGGGCUGCGGGUGUUGAUGAGGGGAAGAGGUUGUGGACUUUUCCCGAGGGGAGUAUGAGUUGGGCGCAGUAUAGGUUUGGGGAGGUGGGGGAUAGUAGUUCGUUGUGA